ACAUUCCAAUAUUUCAGUCAGGUCCACAACAUUUUCAAUUUUUUAGUUUUGUACUUCGAAAUCGACGCAAUGCGAUGCGCCUCAGCCUACCUUCGAUCUCACUUCUCCGCUUCGUCCCACUCCGAUCUCCUCCGAUCCCUUGAUGGCGGUGGCGCACGGAGGGCGGCGUCCGUGUGGAGCUUCGGGGACAACAGCAACGGCGCCUUGGGCAUCGCGACGCCGCUGGCCGACGGGUACGAGCCGACGCGGGUUCCGUCUCUCCCCUCCGACGUCGCCUCUGUAGCCGCUGGACACUAUCACUCCCUCGCCGUUACCGCCAGAGGGGACUUGUGGGCUUGGGGCCGAAACGAGGAGGGUCAGCUUGGAAGGCACGCUGCGGCGCACAGAGUCACAUGGAGCCAACCAGAAAAAGUUGCAGGUGUGGAUCAUGUUGGAGUUAAAGCUGCUUUUGCAUCUGGUGUUGUAUCUGCUGCCAUUGACGAUGAAGGCUCUUUAUGGGUAUGGGGACGAUCCAAGCGUGGUCAACUUGGCCUGGGAAAUGGUGUUAUAGAAGCUACUAAACCUUCCAAAGUCGAGGCACUUGCAGGUCAUCAGUUAGUGAAGGUAUCUUUUGGAUGGGGGCAUGCAUUGGCUCUAACUAAAUCUGGUAAGGUGUUUGGUUGGGGUUAUGCAAAGGAUGGAAGAUUAGGUCAAAUGGGGCAGAAGCUCUAUGUAGCACAUGAACCUUCGAAACGUGAUAAAUCAUUGGAGAGUUCGACGUCAAUGUUUGAUGCAGUCGAGAAAUUGGUGGCAGAGAAGAUUGAGGAAGAGAAGAGCAUGCCCAUCAUUUGGGAGCCAUGUGAAAUUCUGGAUAUGGGCAAUUCCAGUGCUUCUGAUGUAGCUUGUGGGCUCGAUCAUUCUUUAGUGCUCUCUAGUAAUUCCAGUAUACUAAGCGGCGGAGACAAUACAUAUGGUCAGCUGGGCAGGAGCACAGGAGAAGGCUCUGUUAUGCUUCCCGUUGACACAAACACUCUCUCACUCUCUGUUUCAGCAGGCCUCGGUCACUCUCUUGCCAUAUGCCAGACUUCAUCUGGAGCUUGCACUUCUGUGCUUUCAUGGGGAUGGAACCAGAGUCACCAGUUGGGGCGUCGAGGGCGAGAAGAUGCCCCGGGAAUAAUCAAAGCCCUCAAUGGAGAAACUCCAACAUCAGUUUCUGCUGGGCGUGUGCAUUCCCUUGCCCUCACCGCCAAGAAGGAGUUGUGGGUGUGGGGCUCUGGCCGAAAUGGCCGACUUGGACUCGGAAGCUCGUUGGACGAGAUGGAGCCAGCCAUGGUGGAGUCUCUGGCUGGGCUUGAUAUUCUACAAGCAGUGGCGGGUUUUGACCAUAAUCUUGUGCUGGUUUCAUAAUAGUUAUUCAGAAGAUCCAGAGGAGAAAAAGGGGACAAGGGAAGGAGUUGUGCUCGCAGAAGAGAUGGUCCAGUUAUCUCGUUGCAGAAGUUCAUUCGCGUAAGCCUCAUUACGACGUAAUAGAUCCUUCUCGUGCUUGCCAAGAACUAACCCUUGCACAAGCUCCAUCACAGUCGCUCACAGAAGCUUUGUCGUAGAAUCUCUGCCCUCAAACUCUUCAUAUUGAAGGCAUCGAACUCAAUCUCUGACCUCAAACUCUUCAUAUUGAAGGCAUCGAACUCAUAUCACGUCACAUUUAAAAUCUUGCAAUAGAAACUCGAGUACACACAAGCACAGACUAUGUCGUUCAACGGUCUAUUUAUUAGUAUUAUUCUUGUAUCAUUCUUCUUAUCAUGGAAAAUUUUCAUUAGCUUUUGUGGAA